GUUAAAAACUUGGCUUAAACGUUCAGAUCAACCAAGUGUACUUAUUCCUAAUAAUAAUGAAGAUGAACCAGAUGAUCCAGAUGAUCCAGAUAAUGAUGUUACGAGCAACAAUGGUGACAUUGAGUUUGAACUUGCUGAUAAAGACAGUCAACCACAUCAACCUUUACUUGUGUCAUUUCCAAAAAAACUAUUUGGUAAGCAAAACCGUUCAUUUUCAUCUAAAUACUACAAAGAUUAUACAUGGAUAGAAUACAGCCAAAACAAAGAUUUAGUCUUCUGUUUUUAUUGCCGUAACUUUGGUACUAGCUCAAAUUCUGAAGAAGUUUUCACUAAAAGUGGUUUUAAAGAUUGGAAAAAAAUUUCAGAAAAAUUAAAUAAGCAUAGCAAGAGUUCAUAUCAUCUUUUUAGUUUGGCAAAAUACAAAGAUUAUCAGAAUACUAAAAAAACUGGUAAUGUACAUGUACAAAUGUCUAAUGCUUACAAAGAAGAAGUCGAAAAGAAUCGUAAAUACAUGCUUAUGAUAAUUGAUGCAGUCUUAUUUUUAGCACAUCAGGGCUUAAGCUUCAGAGGUCAUACUGAAAACAAAGAAUCCCUUAAUCAAGGUAAUUUCAAAGAAAUAUGUGGUAUGUUAGCAACUUAUAAUCCAUCAUUUGCUAGUAAAAUGGAAACAUCAUAUUUUAAUUACACAUGUCCUUUAGUUCAAAAUGAUGUAAUAAGUAUAACAGCUGGUUUGGUGAGGUCACAAAUAGUACAAGAAAUAACAGAAUGUGGAAUGUAUGCUUUAAUGUGCGAUGAAGCCAGGUCAUUCAAAGAAGAACAACUUACUAUCUGUGUAAGAUACACAAAACAUAUGGUGGUUCAAGAACGGUUUUUGUCUUUUGUUUUAUGCUCUACAUCAAGAUCUGCAGCUGGUAUUUCAAAUACCAUACUUGAAAGUUUAAAAACUCUAAAUAUUGAUCAAGUGCCUAUGAUAGGUCAAUCGUACGAUGGCGCUAGUGUAAUGGCAGGCCAUAUAAACGGAGUUCAAAAAAAAAUUAGAGAAUUUCAUCCAGAAGCAAUUUUUUUCCAUUGUGUUGCACAUAAACUAAAUUUAGUUAUAGUAGGAAUGUGUAAACAUGUAAAAAGCUCAGUUUUAUUUUUUAAUACACUAGAGUCCUUGUAUAUUCAUUUUUCUAGACCAUCUUCUCAUCACAAACUAAUAAAUAUACAAAAACAAUUAGGCAUUAAACCAAGAGAAAUUAUGCAGAUAAGUGAUACAAGGUGGGCAUGUCGUUUUGAAAAUUGUGAUAUGGCUAGUGGAAUCUUAAAUAACCUAAAAAAGGGUCAUUUUGUUGUUAACCUUUUCAUUUUUCAUGAAGUACUGAAGUAUAUAAACAUUUUGAGCAAUAAUCUCCAAAGUAAGUCUAUGACUUUGGGUAAAGCUUUGGAUAUCAUAAAAAGUGUUACUAAGACAUUAGAGGACAAACGAAACGAACAAUCAUUUCAAUGUUUGUGGGAUGCAUUGACAGAAUUUUCUGAAAAUUUUGAAAUUAGUCUAGAUACUCCAUCCAAUUCAAAAAAAAAAAGAAAAGUUUUUGAAAAUUCUUUACUUAAGGAUAGUAUUGUUACAUCUACAGUAGGAACAGAUAAUUUUGAAGAACAAAGUAAAACACCAGAAGCACAUUGGAGAAGUCACUCAUAUUAUGAGAUUCUAGAUAGCAUAAUUCAAGGUCAUUUCAGCGUAUCACUGACGGUUUUUGCUCAAACACAAUAA